UCCCUGCACCCGCCGGCCCCCCGGCCCCACAGCCUGGGGAGCAGGAGCCCGGCGCUCGCAGCGUGCAGCAGGUGGAGGCAGACUUUGGGGAGAAACGACUCAAAACGGAGGCAAGCACGGCACGCUGCCUUAGGGCCUUCCUUGGUGCAUCGUUCUCGGAGGCAGGUGAAGGAGGCCCUCAGGCUGGCACCAUGACAGAGUGCUUUGACUGUGACAACUGCAAGGAGUCCUUGUAUGGGCGCAAGUACAUCCAGAUGGACAAUGGCCCGUACUGCAUCCCCUGCUACGACGCCCACUUUGCCAACACCUGCGAUGAGUGCAAAGAGCUGAUCGGGCACGACUGCAGGGAGCUGUACUACGAGGAUCGCCAUUACCACGAGCACUGCUUUCGUUGCUUCCGCUGCGACCGUUCUCUGGCCGACGAGCCGUUCACCUGCCAAGGCGAGGAGCUGCUGUGUAACGACUGCUACUGCAGCGAGUUCUCCUCCAAGUGCAUUGCCUGCGAGAAGACAGUCAUGCCAGGAUCCCGCAAGCUGGAGUACAACGGGCAGACCUGGCACGAGCAUUGCUUCAUAUGCAGCAGCUGCCAGCAGCCCAUCGGGUCACGGUCCUUCAUCCCGGACAAGAAGGAUUAUUACUGUGUCCCCUGUUAUGAGAGCAAGUUCGCUCCUCGCUGCACUCGUUGCAAAAAGACCCUGACCAAGGGAGGAGUGACCUACCGGGAUGAGCCGUGGCACAAGGAGUGUUUCGUCUGCACAGGCUGCAAAACGCCCCUGGCUGGCCAGCAGUUCACCUCCCAGGAUGACGACCCCUACUGCGUCAAGUGCUUUGGGAACCUCUAUGCCAAGAAGUGCAGCGCCUGCACAAAGCCCAUCACGGGCUUUGGCGGUGGUAAAUAUGUCUCCUUUGAGGACCGUCACUGGCACCAUAAUUGCUUUAACUGCGCCCGCUGCAACACCUCGCUGGUCGGGAAAGGCUUCAUCCCCGACAACGAUGAGAUCCUGUGCCGCGACUGCAGCAGCGACCUAUGAGCCUCCGAGGGUGCUGCGGGGCAGGGGCUUUCUCUAUUCUUCAGGGUCUGUGUGCCAGGUACCCCGACAACAUUUCAGGGGCAGGGCACAAGGCACAGGAGAUGGGGGCUGCCCCCGAGCCGCGGUGUGUUCUGGGGGUUCCUGUGCCCCUCCCUGAAGGCUAGAGUACGCUAUGCUAUGGCUCUGUGCAGGGUCAAAGCUAAAUAAAGUUGGAAAAGGAGCUUCAAGACACCCCCCCCUUAUCUACUCUUUCCUUUUGCUUCCUGUCUGACCAGGCACGAGCUGAGCCCAGGGCCCCAGCUGAGCAAAGGGCGGCGGCAGCAGCAGCUUCAGCAUCGGGCUGCUGAUCUGCACGCUGGCAGCAUGUACUUGCUCCCCUUGGCACCACGCUGACCUUUCUCUUUUCCCCAUGUGCUUCCCUUGCUCUGUGUGAUCUCAGGCAGCAGCUCCUGGUCCGUGUUGCCUGGUUUAGCCGAUGGCUUUGCGGGACGGCCGUGUCCGUACGCACGCUGGCCUGUGGCGCUGCUCAAGCCGGGCACGAAGGGCGCGCUCUGCCCUGCUUGGGGACACCAGGCUGGAGUGUCGCCAGGGGAAGAGCAUGUGUCCUGCCGGAUGGGGUCCACCUCUGGAUUUCUGUAGCCACCUCACUGCGGGCCAGACCCUUUGCACAUCUCCAUGGAGAUGUUCUCCCUCAGAAGUGAAUGAGGAGCUCGAAUGGCUUGCAGAUACGGGGCAUUCUGCCCCCACCACCUCCCUGCCCUGUUCUGUCCAUCUGUGCUGUGAUUCCCACCGCUGCGGUGCCUGAGCUGGAGCUGGUGGGUACUGGCCUGCUGGUGGCCCCCCGAGAUGCGCCUGGCUGAGCCCAGCAUGCUGAAGGCUGAGCGUACCAAGGGCUUUGCUCCUGCUCCGUCCCUCUCAUGGGGACCCGUGGGACAGGCAUGGCCUUACUGAGCCCAGCUGCCAGCGGCACAGGUAACACUGGAGAUCAGCCGUUAAUUCGGGGAGGGGAGCGUUGCCCCCGGGCUGUGCCCGUGCUCGGUGGCUGCUGGGAGCGCUGGAGGGGAGGCGCUGCGGGAGCGGGGGGCUCCG